CGUCUCUCUUGUCUUCCAUCGUCUGCCAUGGAUCCUGAGACUCCCCCGAAACCCACCAGCUGCCUGCGCUCUGCGAGUAAACACUCUCAGCGUAUUCUCUCCCAGAUGAACAAAAUGAGGCUGCAGAAGGAGUUCUGUGACGUACAAAUUCAAAUCGGAGAAAGGGUUUUUGGGCUGCACAAGCUGGUCCUGGCUGCGAGCAGCCCGUACUUUUCAGCGCUGUUUGCCGGGGGUAUGAAAGAGUCCUCGAAUGACGUGGUGCAGAUCCAGGGAGUGGAGCCCAGUAGCUUUGAACUGCUCUUGGACUUCAUCUAUACAGGGUCAGUGAAAAUCACCUCGGGGAACGUCCAGGAGCUGAUGACAGCCGCAGACAUGCUUCAGCUGAGCCUUGUCGUGGAAUUGUGUUGUGAUUUCCUGAAAGAACAGAUCGAUCCAGCUAACUGCGUAGGCUUCUUCCAGUUCUCCGAGCAGCUGGCCUGUCAACCCCUCAUUGAAUUCACAGAGAGCUACAUCCAUGCACAUUUUCCAGAGGUGGAGGCGGAAGAUGAAUUUCCCUCUCUCACCAAAGAACAGCUAAUACGGAUCUUACGUAGCGAAGAGCUCUGUAUUGAGGACGAGCAUCAGGUCUUCUCUGCUGCUAUGCUAUGGCUUCAGCGGGACGUAGCAGCUCGUAAAAGACAUGUUGUAGAGGUGCUGGAGCCUGUUCGCUUCUCUUUGCUGCCUCCACAAAGACUUCAAAAAAACAUUGAAGAUGUGAGUGACUUCAGCUUGCGAGUAGCACUGCAGACGCUGCUGAGGGAAUACUAUGAACCCGGCCACUCACCCAAAGACAAGAAGCACUGCAGCUUUCUGCAAAUACCUCGCGUCCGCCCUCGCCGAAAAGCCCGUAAAUUCAUCUAUGCCAUUGGUGGUUACACGCGACUCCAGGGGGGCCGCUGGAGCGACAGCCGAGCUCUUAGUUGCGUGGAGCGCUUCGAUACCUUCUCGCAGUACUGGAGCACAGUGUCGUCUCUGCACCAAGCCCGCAGCGGCAUGAGCGUGGCUGUACUGGACGGCAGGAUCUAUGUGAUUGGAGGUGAAAAGGACUCUAUGAUUUUUGACUGCGUGGAGUGCUACGACCCAGUGAGUAAGCAGUGGGCAGCCGUACCCUCUAUGAACCAGCCACGCUGUGGGCUUGGCGUGUGCGCCUGUCACGGAGCCAUCUAUGCUCUGGGUGGCUGGGUCGGUGCGGAAAUUGGAAAUGGCAUCGAACGAUUUUCGCCAGAAGAGAAUGCUUGGCAGACAAUAGGAAGUAUGGCAGUGUCCAGAUAUAACUUUGGCUGCUGCGAAAGACAAGGACUGAUCUAUGUGGUUGGUGGCAUCAACCACGAAGGGGUAGAGUUGUCCUCUGCAGAGGUUUACGAUCCCAUCGCCAGGCGUUGGACGGCGUUGCCACCGAUGCGUACCCGCAGGGCGUACCUGGGAGUUGCUGCUUUAGAUGACUUUCUCUAUGCGGUGGGCGGCUGGAACGAGAGACAAGAUGCGCUCAAUGGUGUAGAGGCGUUCUCCUUUGAAGAGGAGGAGUGGGUCGAGGUUUCACCAAUGAAGAACCCCAGGGCUGGAGUAGCUGUGAUUAGCGUCGGUGGGCUACUCUACGCAGCUGGGGGCCGGGCAACCAUCCAGAAUUUCUCAGCCCCCGUUACAUUUGAUUCCGUAGAGGUUUAUAAUCCGCAUACGGAUUCCUGGACUGAAGUCAGCGGCAUGAUUACUAGCCGAUGCGAGGGGGGUCUGGCGGUGCUCUGA